AACCGGAAAAGAAGGUGGGGGCGGGGCACCAAACAACGUGCUUCGCAAACUGCGUCUCAAUUGAUGUCCUACACCCGUGACCUGCGGAAACAUUGUGUUGUAGAAUAUUUAGCAAUUUAAUUAUGUCUGGAGUUUUAGCAAGGCUGCUCUUCUACCCUACACUCGCCUACAAUGUCGUCAUGGAGAAAGUGUCUUCGCGAAGGUGGUUUGACCGUGUGGACGAAACGGUCCUACUUGGAGCGCUGCCCUUCAGAUCCAUGACCAAACAGCUGGUAGAAACUGAAAACGUUCGAGGAGUGAUCACAAUGAAUGAGAACUAUGAGACCAAAUACUUUUGUAACUCUGCUGAGGAGUGGCAGGCUGCUGGGGUUGAGCAACUGAGACUCAGCACUGUGGACCUCACCGGUGUUCCCACUUUAGAGAAUCUGCACCGAGGUGUUGAGUUUGCUCUGCGACAAAGAGAGAAGGGAAACAGUGUUUAUGUCCACUGCAAGGCUGGACGUUCCCGCAGUGCCACACUGGCUGCUGCAUACCUCAUACGGCUACACUGUUGGACCCCUGAGGAAGCAUGUCAGAAACUGGCAUCGGUCAGACCACACAUCCUGGUGCGUACCGCCCAGGUGGAAAUGUUGAGGAAAUACCAUCUGCAAGUGUGUGCGCAGUCCCAAGUGGAGUGAAGCACAUCGUUUGGUGCCUCCUGCUGGAUGGAUGGAGUCUGGAACACUUGAAAUUGGUCAUUUGGACUUGGGUCUCCUCUUGCUACCGUUUAUGUACACUCUGGGGCAAGAUAGUAGAGCUUGUUGGACCUUUGGUUUUUUUAAUCAACAUUUUCAAAGUUUUAUCGAUUUGUUACAUUUUUAGUUGUCAAUUCAAGACUGCAUCAAAAGCAUGAAUUUGUGUUGAAAAUUUCUUACCUUGUAUGGUUUUCUGUUUGCAAUCUGAAGUAAUGUAUUUUGUAUUGAAUGGAAAGUAGUGUAGCAAAUGGGACGCAAACAUUUAAAAUAUGUCGUGAAUUCUAAUUGUAUUUGGUGUGAUGUUUUACAUGCAACAGAUUUACAGACAAAAUUGCACGAAAUUUUUAGUUUUUUCACAUUUCUUAUCAUUGAGUUUACUUUGAAAAACUGCCAUUGUUUCUUGAAUAAAACAUUUAAAUGCUG